CAUAAAUUUAACAACCUUUUAAAUUCAGAUCCAAGUCAUGAAUGCUACGUUACUUACGAUUGUCGGUUGGUUAGUAACAUUAUCAGGCGUAACUGUGGCAAGGUCAAAAUUCACCAAACGUCAAGGCUCUGUUUGCCUAAAACCAGUUGAUUACGACAAGACUAUGGCUUACUUUCGCCGUUUCUGGACGGAAAUUCCAGAAAAUGUUGAACGUUCCAUUGGGAAAAAGUUGGCUGAUGACGACCGCAUAAUAUGGUUUGAGAAUAAACACUUUGAUGAAAGGCAAAGAGUUCUGUUUGUGAAUGUUGUCGAAAGAAAAUCCAGCAAAAGCCACUUUAUUCGCUCGGAUCCAGUAAAUGGAGAGUUUGGUGACGAUUUCAAGGCGAUCAACGAGGAGGAGUUUAAGAAGUGGAGAGCUGCUUGUAUCAAUCUGUCGGGACCUCCCUACCCUAAAGCACCUUACUGCUCCAAAGACUUCGAGAAGAGUGAGACUAUGGCCGAAUUCCGGAAUUUCGCUAAGGCUCCAAAUGAAGUCGAACGUUUUCUAGGCAAAAAAUUGGCUGACAACGAUAGCAUAAAUAGAUAUGAAAUUUACCACAUGCGUCCAAACUGGCCAAGUGCUUGGUUCUUGAGAAAAAAAUACAACUUGCCUGAAGAUUGGACAGCUAUGUUCUUGAAGGUUACCGAGAAGGCCACUGGCAGAAAUCACUUUCUCCGCUUGAAUAGACCAAGACCACGCAGAGACAAAGUGUCGUGGGUCGCGCAGAAAAUUAGCGAGGAGGAUUUCAAAAAAUGGGAAACGGCUUGUCCAAUGUAACUGUUUAAUAUCUAGUUCUGCUUUGUGACCAUCCCAUUCAAAGUUCUUGAGGGAACAACAAAGAAAUAAAAUGCUCAUGAAU